AUGGGAAGCGAGUUAGGGAUGCUAACUUCAUUAUCUAAUAGGGCUGUUUAUGAGGAACUCGAGAAAUAUGGGGACCUAGAGAAUCAGGUUUUGUGCCGUGAGCGUGUUGAGGAACUAGAACCAAGUAUACGGUACUGUCUACACAAACUUGGUGAGUCAAAUUUACAAACUUCUGAACUCAUGCACAUUGGUGAAAUGGAAGGACCUGCACUCGAUCUUUUCAAAGCUAAACUAGAGGCUGUUAUGGCUGAGGCAAGAUCUCAGCAGGCUGCAUCUAUGACAGAAUUUCAUUGGCUUGGUCAUAAAUUUCCAAUUUCUAAUGCGAAGACACGUGUUUCCAUAUUGAAAGAAAAUGAGCUUGAUGCUAGAACAAAAGAUGUGGAAAAUGUCAAAUUGGCUUUGGAAUCUCUUCUGUAUGAAGAGGGGCAGAUGGAAGCCUUACAAAAGGAUCGUGCAGCUGAGUUGGAGCUAGUGCAGAAGUUAAUGGAUGAAAUUCGAAUUCUUUUGGCAUGUAUUUCACAUACCAUGAUCCCAUGAAGAAUCUUGAUAGGACUAGGGUUAACGGUGCGGUUACUAAACUUAUUAAAGUGAAGGAUGGCUUCACAAUGACUGCCUUAGAGGAUGCUGCAGGAGAAAAUUGUUUAAUAUUAUAGUAGACACAGAAAAUACUGGAAAGCAACUUCUUCAAAAUGGUGAUCUCCGAAGAAGAGUUACACAGUUAUCCAUCUAAACCAAAUUCAAUCCCAAAAUGCUUCUGUUAGAUUGGUUGGCAAGGGGAAUGCAGAAGUGGCUCUGUCUUUGGUUGGAUAUGAUCAAGAACUGAAG